CAUAAGUGGCCCAUUAAGUAUGAAUUUAUUUAGUCUCAGUACCCAUACUGCUGUAACCGGUAACGUGUCGCAUCUCUUAAUAAAAAUAACAAUAUUAAUCAGGUGUAAGGUUUGAAUGGACACCUCACUGCGCAGUCGGGUCUCAGCUGACUCACAUCCAACUCAACUUUCUGCCGAGUCAUCUCCGCCCCGGGACGCUGCGAUCCAGGUUCCUCUCGUCUCCAUCGGUGGACCGGGCAGCACGGAGAUGUCAGGCCGACAGAGAGCAUCCAGUGACCGUCACGGGUCUGAAAUGAUCCACGUUGCCGUCAGAAGUGUGACUGAGAGCCGAGACUUCACCGUGAGAGGAGACUGCACCGUCAGACAGUUGAAAUGGGGUCUGUCAGAGCGCCUGGGAGCCUCAGCAGAGCAGCUGGUGCUGAUCCAUUCAGGCAGGAUCCUCAGAGAGUCCGAGCUGAUGAGUCACCUUAAAGGACAGAAGGGGUCAGUCAGCCUCUGCAUGAUCCAAAGGCCUCAGCAUUCUCCUGAUUCCCCCACCAGUGAUCCAGCUUCGGAAACAGUCCAACCGGAUCCCAGUAACUUCACCCCGUCUCCCACUUCUCCCCUCUGCCUGGUAGAAGGUCUAGACAACCUCGGCCUAGAAAACAGCGAGCCUGGCUUCUUCCCUGCUCUCCAGCGCCAGAUGGAAGGUCGACUGCUGGCGGACCCAGAGAUGAUGCGUCGUGUCCUGGCCAGCCCCUUUGUGCAGAGCACCCUCUCUGCUUCCAGCCCUCAACUCACCAGACAGCUCAUUCUCUCUAAUCCUCAAAUUCAGCAGCUGCUGCAAACAAACGCAGAAGUGGAAGAUAUGCUGAACAACACAGAUGUCAUGGCACAGGUGCUGGAGCUCAUCAGGAACCCUGACAUGUUAGAGGGAGUGAUGGAAAAUGAAGACAGAGCACUAGGCAAUUUGCAGCCGGAGCAGGACAACUCUGAGACCCUGACUAAGGAUUCAGAUGGCCGAGAGAGGACAGAAAAAAUAAAGGAGAAUAGUGUCAAAGUAUCCCAGACAGCAGGAGGAGAAAACAGCCUCAGCCACUCCACAGACCCUCUCAGAUUAUUGACUGCUGCACCCAGAGCUGCUCCACACUCCGAGAGCACGAUUCCGGCAGGCAUGCAGUCACUGCUGGAGGGGAUCACAGCCAGUCCAGGGCUGAUGGAGAGCCUCCUGUCUGGGCCGUACCUCAGCAGUCUUCUGAACUGCCUCAGUCAGAAUCCUGACCUGGCUGCACAGAUGCUGCUCAGCCACCCUUUGUUCUCAGGAAAUCCUCAGCUGCAGGAACAAAUGAGACAACAGAUCCCUCUGUUCCUGCAACAGAUGCAGAGUCCAGAGCUGCUGUCAGCCAUGUUGAACCCCAGAGCCAUGGAGGCUCUGCUGCAGAUCCAACACGGCCUACAGACUCUGGCUGUAGAGGCUCCUGCCCUCAUACCUGCGGCUGGACUUGGGAACACUGGAGCCAGUGUUAACGCUGCCCCUGAAUCUACAUCUGAGUCUGUCCUGAACAGCCAAUCAGGAAGUGGUCCUCAGGUUGCCACAGUUACAGAGCAGCAGCAGCAGUUUGUACAACAGAUGCUACAGGCACUGGCUAACACCGAUGAUGGGGUCCAUCAGGAGGACGACGAGUUCCAGGAGGAGCUGCAGCAGCUGAGCUCGAUGGGCUUCAGAGACAGAAAGGCGAACCUUCAGGCCCUGAUCAGUACAGGAGGAGACAUCACCACUGCUAUACAACAUCUGCUCCGUCUCUGACACACAAACACACACACAAUGUGUGUACAUUUUGAUCUGUGCACACAAAUAACUGCACAUGCCCGAACACCUAUAUAAAAUCACCUGUGCUCCAAGAUUAUAGCGAUAAAUAUUAUCAAUGAUUACAAAGUACUUUGCAAAAACACAAAGCCAUAUUAGUAUCUUUCAUAGAUAUACUUGUGUUCAAUAACUUCCUAUAUUCACUUCAAUCCAUACUAGCAAAGUUAUCCUUCUUUCCUCAGGAUGUUGGGUGCUGCACAGACUCUAAAGUAAGUUUGCGAUAUUUGCCAUACAAAUACAUGUAAAAUCUGACACUAGGAAACAUUAGGAGGAUUUUUGCUUCAUUUUUGGUCUUGCACAGUCAGUACUUUGGGUUAACAAUAGUGUAGAAACAAAAAAAAAUACAGUUUCACUCUGUCCCUGACAUGCAGCAGUGCAGGUUUAUACAGGCACUUAAAUUCACCUUACACACUGUAGCCUUGUAGCAACUGCAUAAAUAUUCAGAAGCUGGCCAUGUUUUAUUAAUCUCCGCGCAGCCACUCUAUGAAGCCCAGGCCUCUUUUCAUGUUGCCACCUGGACAGAGUCUAAUGAAAGCUUUUAACACCUGGAGACAGUCAGAUGUCCUGGAAGCAGACGGAGGAUUCACAGUCUCAGUCAACAGAUUGAACCAGAGGCGCAAUAUGUUUUGUGAUGUUCAGACUCCCCCUUGCUGCUCCUGGGUCUUGUUCACCACAGGCUGUAAAGAAAGUAGACACACUAGGUAAUUAUAAAGCCCGUCUCAAAAGGUACUCCCAGUUUUAAAUGAUUUAUUCAAAGAGAGGACAACUUUGUGAAAAGGCAAAAUGUGCUCAAAUGUCAGUGUCUAUUUUGAGGCUACAGAGACACAGAAACUCUAAUCUUCUCACAGGAGAAAAUUCUAUCAGUCAUUAAAAAAGGAUUUGAGUGGAGAAUUUAUUUUUACCAACACAAGCCAUGAUGACGAUUAUAAUUUAUUUUGCGUAAGUGAGGCUCUUCUUAGGAAACCUGACGUGCCUAAAUGCCUUUCACUGCACUAACCAGUAGUACCUGCAGUAUGAUGUUCUUCCUUUAGCUGCUACGCUACAGUGUUUUGUGCCAUAAGGUGCAUUUUAUAUCCUUGUAGAUUUUACUAGAAAACAACUGACUGAGCAACAAACUUUCACUCCUUCAACUAACUUGUUGCACUGAUGUAAACAAUCAAAACUAAUAAAUGCUGUCCCUCUAUUUAUCUUGCA